GGUCGUGUCAUCUAAAAUUCUGAAUUUAUUUUAAAUAACAAAUAUUGUGUAACUGUGUCAAACCAACAUCAGCACUUUUCAAUAACUGUGAAUUGUACACGUUUUGCAAAUCAAAGUGUGUAAUGGGGACAAAAUUACGCAAACAUGGCAGACGCAUUUAAUAGAAGUUCUAGGACUGUAAGGACCCCUCCUCCCGAAGGAAGACCUAUGAAAACGGACCCGAUUGUGCCUUCUCCAGCACACACAGCGCAGCCCGCGUCGGUUGAUGUGGUGUCGACCAGUGAAAUCCAAGGUUGGCUAUCCUCGAUAGAACAAUGUUUGAACGAAAUAUGCACCAUUGCCAAUGAAGGAAAACUAAAUGCGGACCAGAAGCUAAGAAUAAAUAAAAUAAGCAGGAAUGUGGCAGGUGGAGUGUCCCAGCUCGCCGUGCAGUACCAGGCAGUCAAGCAGCAAAUUUUAGUCAACAAUGCCCAUCUUAAAGCUUUGUCCGAGCAGAACAACAUUCGAGAACAAAUCAAGGAGCUGCAGCUCAGUCUACAAGUUGCCCCUAAAAUAGAGACAAAAGUAUCUUUCGCCGACAAAGUGAGAACAGGUAACAACUCAUCUGUAGUACCUAUCAAGACCAACUCUAUUGUAAUUUACCCUACGGAGAAGGACAAGUCUAGCGAGGACACCAAAAAACUUGUACAGGACCUGAUAAAACCCGAAGCCCUUAAACUACAUGUUCGCGGAAUGAGAAAAACGAAAAACGGAGGCGUUAUUAUAAAUACCGACCGCAAGGACGACCUAGAAAAGUUAAAAGCAUCCCAGCAGCUUCAAAAAUCGGGAUUGAAAUUGGAAGAAACUACCAAAAGGAGACCCAAAAUUAUCUUGUUAAGCGUUCCCUCGAAUAUCACAGAAAAUGAGGUAUUUGAUUGCAUUUAUGAACAAAAUAUUGUAGAUCAGCAUCCAAAUAUUUCUAGAGAAACUUUUAUGAGCUCGAUCAAGCUAAGCCAUAAAUCUGGCAAAAAGGACCUAGCCACAUGCAAUUAUAUAUUAGAGUGCUCAGCCGAAGUAAGACGGACACUCAUUCAACAACAGCGCGUAUUCAUCAACUGGACUUCCUGCCCUGCACGAGAUUACACUCUCUUGACUAGAUGUUACAAAUGCCAACUCUACGGACACUCUGCCAAGUACUGCAGGGAAGCUGAAUCCACAUGCAGUCACUGCGGAUUAUCAGGACACACCAUCAAAGAAUGCACCAAACUGUCUGAACAUCCGAAUUGCGCUACGUGUAUGCGUUUCAAAAAACCAUCAGACCACAAAACCGGAGAUGAGCAGUGCCCAGCGAAAAAAAGUGCCCAAAUAAGACAUUUAAAUAACAUAGACUAUGAGGGCCCCUAAAACGCCUCACUACGUAUCUCUAAAAAACUACCUAUUUUGUUAUUUAUAUUGUCAAAGUUGAAACGUUUUAAUUCACUGUUAUUUACCUAUGUUUCUUGUACUAAUAUCAUAUUUAUUGUUUUAGCACAAUAAGCACCUAACUUACACUACAUUGACCUAAUAACACGAAAUACCUAAGAUACAAGUAUUAAGUUACUUAGUUUAGGUAUUGAUGUUAAAUAAUGUUAG